AUGCCCCUCUCAUCCCUUCUCCGCAUUGCUCCCCGCGUCACCCCGACCGCGGCCCGCAGAACAACACGAGCGGCCUCGUCGGUGUCAAGCACGCCCGGCGCCCAUACCCCGCUGGACUCGAUUCUCAUUGCGAACCGUGGUGAAAUUGCCCUCCGAGUUGGCCGGACAGCGGCGGAGCGUGGAAUCCGCGUGACCACCCUCUACACAGACCCAGACAGCAAAGCGCAGCAUGCGUUGAGCUCACCAUAUGCGUUCAAUUUGGGCUCUGUGUCGGCGUAUCUGGAUGGCGAUCGGAUUAUUGAGAUUGCGCGCAAGGAAGGGUGUCGAGGGAUACAUCCCGGUUAUGGAUUUUUGAGUGAGAACUCUGCGUUUGCGCGCAAAUGUACCGAAGCGGGAUUGGUCUUCAUUGGGCCUCCGUGGAAGGCGAUUGAGGAUAUGGGUGAUAAAAGUCGCUCGAAAGAGAUCAUGACCGCGGCAGGCGUGCCCUGCGUUCCCGGAUACCACGGGCAGAACCAAGACCCGCAACUCCUCGAAGCCGAAGCCGACAAGAUCACAUACCCCGUGCUCAUCAAGGCCAUCAAGGGUGGCGGCGGAAAGGGCAUGCGCAUUGCGAACUCCAAAGCCGAGUUCCAGGCGCAGCUCGAGUCGGCCAAGUCAGAAGCGAUGAAUUCAUUCGGCGACGAUCAUGUGCUAGUGGAGAAGUACAUCACCACACCUCGGCAUAUCGAGGUCCAGGUCUUUGCGGACAAACACGGCAACAGCGUCGCCUUGGGGGAGCGAGAUUGCAGUAUUCAGCGACGACACCAGAAGAUCCUUGAGGAAUCGCCCGCACCACAUCUCCCAGAUGCCACUCGGAAGGAUAUCUGGGCCAAAGCCCGAGCGGCCGCGUUGGCGGUGGGCUACGAAGGGGCCGGCACGGUCGAAUUCAUCUUCGACAACGACACGGGUGAGUUCUAUUUUAUGGAAAUGAACACGCGGCUACAGGUCGAGCAUCCCGUGACGGAGAUGGUGACGGGCCAGGAUCUGGUCCACUGGCAGAUCCUAGUGGCCGAGGGGGCCAAGCUGCCUCUGACGCAAGAGGAAGUGGAGGCGCGCAUGGCCCAGAUGGGACAUGCCAUCGAGGCCCGGAUCUACGCCGAGAACCCGGACCUGGGGUUCAUUCCCGAUUCGGGCCGUCUCAUCCAUGUGCACACACCCGAAACUACGGCCGACAUCCGGAUCGACGCUGGGUUUGUGGAGGGCGAUGACGUCUCGGCACACUACGACCCCAUGAUCGCCAAAUUGAUCGUCCGGGGAGCCACCCGCCAGGAAGCCCUGCGCAAGUUGGCCACUGCCCUCGAGCAGUACGAGAUUGCGGGCCCCGUGACCAACAUCGAGUUCCUCAAGACCGUGUGCGAGAGCCCGGAUUUUAUUGCCGGCGAGGUCGAGACGGGGUACAUUGAGAAGCACCGCGAGGAGCUCUUCGCCAAGAAGACCAUUGAAGAAGAAGUGCUGGCCCAGGUCGCCUUGGCAUGCUUACAGCGCGACUCUACAUCGGAGUCUGGCCCGUCCGUCGGCUUCACCCCGAGCUAUCAACAGCGUCAGCUGAGCUUCACCGAAUCCGCCGGGCCGGGGGCUCCAGCAGGAACUCCCUUCACCGUGCAGGUGCAACAGACUGCCGACAACACCUUCAACGUGCAAGUUGGCGACCGGGUCUUUGAGCAAGUAGUCAGCCACCUCGACCUGGGGUCACGGGUCGUCACCUCCUUUUUCCCUCACACACGGCUGGACACGACCGUCGUGCGGGACGAGGACACGAUCAUCGCAUUCCAGCGCGGCUCGCAGUACCGAUUGACCGUCCCGCGGGCCGGCUGGAUGGAGAAAGCGCUCGGGAUGAAGGACGUGACGAACAGCGUGCUGGCGCCAAUGCCAUGCAAGGUAUUGCGGGUGGAAGUACAGGCCGGCGACGAGGUUGAGAAGGACCAGCCGCUGGUGGUGAUUGAGAGCAUGAAGAUGGAGACGGUGAUCCGGAGCCCGCAACGGGGCACGAUCCUCAGGGUUGUGCAUCAGAAAGGAGACCAAUGCAAAAGCGGCACUCCCCUCGUCGAAUUCGCCGAUUAG